AUGAGCGGAACCACCUCUGAUUCCACAAUCUACAACUCAUAUCUAGCUCAUCCAGCGGUUCGCCUCACUACGUCAGACUCGCGGUCAACAAGCAUAUUUAGCAAAUACACAAUUGCUUCCAGCAACAAAAGAAGCGACGUGGUGAAUGUAACGAUCGACGUGGGACCACUGCGACUGCAGCGAUUUGUGGUGCUGGCAAGGAUCUCCCUCGAUUCCGACCGCUACGGUCCACCGUACCGCCUCGAGUGCAGCCGCCUACACAACUGCACCGUUCCUCAUGUUGCCUUGACCCUACUAUACUAA